CAGGAGUCACCAGCAAAUAGUUCAAGUUUGAAUUGCGAGUUACAAUGUUCUACACAGUAGAAUACUGUAGAUGUCAACCCGAGGAGAUGGUUUGGCUAUCAAACCCUUCACCAAUGUUCGAGGAAGACCAAAAUAUGACCAGAAUAUACAUGGAGUGGUUGAGAGAAAUUUUACAUGAUCAUGACGCAUAUGAUCCUGAAUCAUCCGACGGCGAUGAGAAUGAGAUAGAUGUACAGUCGACCAAUGAAAAUAUAGAAGCUAUCGACAUAUCCUCAUCUGAGGAGGAGGAGGAGGACGACAUUGAUAUCGCCGACUUCGAUGAGGAGGAGGAGGAUAAUAUAGAAAUAAUAGAUAUCGCCGAUAGCGAAGAGGAAGGC